AGGCUCACGAGUCGCAAUGAUUCCCGUUUCAAGUAGCGAUACUGCGAGCAAAUUCGUUAGCAGUAAACGCAGCAAGUAUGGAGUUACUACAUAUCUUAGAAAGUUGCAGGCCUCUAGAUUUAGCGGCGGGAACAGCAAACCUGAAACCAGUGAGACUAACUAGCAUAAUUGCGCAGAACCUGCAGGCAGCUGCGUUCGGUCGACUCAAAAGCAUAAUCGCGUAGAAUUGCCUGCAGCUGCGGACGCCAUGGCUUUCGAGGUUCGAUUCAGGAUUCCGCGUGAUUUAGUUCAACGCAGAUCCGACGACCAUAGCAGCGAUUUGCGUUUCAGUGGCAGCCGUUCUGGCGGUAAACCCAGUUUAGGGUCGGAUGGGCCAUCUGGAGCAUCCCACGUGGACGUUCACCUCGCUGUCUCUCCAACGGAGUCCCUCCGAUCCGUCUUCAACAGGCUUUCCAAGUCCCACCUGCCAAACUGCUGCCUGCAGUACGGCGCAGGUCAACAGUUGGGACCAGAAGAUGGCGGAAAAGCGGUGGGAGGGACACAGGCGGCGGCGGUCCGUUUCAUGGUUCUCGGUCAGGUGGUGUACCUCUCUCCUGACUCAACCGUCCACCAAGGCAAGCUUAAAGCGGGCUCGACAAUCAAAGUGCUUCCUGUGAAGACGGUGCAUGGACACGGCUUGGAUAAGGGCAAGGACAAGGCGGAACGGAGCGUGAAUGGACCUCCUGCUGCACCUGAUGCGAACGUCCCUCCUGUUGCUGCUGCAGCGACUCCUCCUAUUGCUGCUCCCCCAGCGGCUGCAUCUGCUGCUGCUUCACCUGCUGCUGCUGCUCCUGCCGCUGCUGCUGCACUUUUUGCAAGCGUGCCUCCUGUUGGUUCUGCACCCGCUGCAGAUUCUCCAGCUACUGCUGCUGCUCCAGCACCUGCUGCUGCACCUGCUGCUCCUGUGGCUCCUGCUGCGGCUGAUUCCCCCCCUCCUGCUGCUCAAGCUGCUGCCCCUGCUCCUGCUGCUGCUCCUCCUGCUGCUGCUGCUGCCACCAGGCGAGUAAUCGACUACAGCAAAUGGGACCACAUCGGGUCCAGCAGCGACGAGGAGGAGGAGGAGGAGGAGAAGGAGCGCACCAAGAGGAACAGAGCCGCAAGAGAAAGUGCUGACGGAAGGGGAAAGGCCCAGAUGCUUGCAGGGACCUGUGGUGCUGGCCUUUCCGAAUUUAAGGAGGUGAUUUGGAACGACCAUGAGAAUUUGGUGAGAAGAUGGGAUUUUCAGGAGGAGGCGCGUGGAGCGGAAAAUGCGCGCAAGGCAGGGGGGUCAGGGAGAUUGGGAGCUCAGGAAAUUUCCGGGAAGCUUCAGCUGAUGCAUCGGGCGGACAUGGUUCACUACUUGGACGUGAGGGUCGGCUGGGAUUUGGCUGAGUGCGAGUGCUGCUUCGACCGCGCAGUGGGAUUCCGUGCCGAGCGUGCUUUGAACAUGGCGAGCCUAGAGCUCUUUCGAUUGAACCUUCACAAGCAGCAGCCUGGUUCUAUCCCCCUUGCACUCUCGACCAGAGUACCCACGGGUGUUUUGGAGUAUUCCUCGAGAGUCCAAGCAUUUGGGAAGCAGGGGGAGAAGGCGCCUCACGUGCAGUUCUCCUGCAAGUGCACUCUUGCACCUUACGUGUGUGCCGAGGCAAUGCUUCUUGAGUGGAUGGCCGAGCCUCGUGUGGGCGUGCUCAUGGACCUGGGGAGGAUCCGAGCCCGCCUGCCUGCAUUCCUGCCCGCUGGAGGUCCUGCUGAAGGUUCCCCUGCUGUCGCUGCUGCCUCUGCUCCAGCUGCUGCUGCUGCUGCUGCUUCUGCAGCGUGGUCCUGCUGCUGGCGCUGCAGCAGCUGCUGGGCUGCCUACCGCCGUGUUGUCAGCUUCACGGCCUUUUUCGUGCUUGUAGCAAGGUGCCCCCGCAUUGACACACUAUGGAAGGCUCACGCGGAUACAUUCGAUCUGGCCUAUCCUGCCCUAGUGGCCGAGCUGGGGGCGGGCAGGCAGGAGAGGGAAGACUGCUUUGCGUCCUUGCUCGGGGUGAAGGGAGCUGCUGAACUGAAGGAAGGGUUUGGGUUCUUUGUGCAGAAUCUGCUGUCAGGCGGCCUUGAGAAGGCCCAUGCAGAGGGGAGAGAACAGGGAAGAAGGGUGCGGGGGAGAGUAAUAGUGGGAUGGAGCAGGCUAUGGCGGCUAUGAUGAGGACAGUGGGAGUGGGGCGGGUAUGGGGGCAGAGGAUUGGCGGCGGGCGGUGGCAGGCUCAGGAUUGGACCCAGCAGAGAUGCUUGGGGGUGAAGCUGCCGUCACAAGGCUCAUGGGUCUGCUUUCUGGC